AUGGAGCCGUUAUUAAGUUUGGAACGGAUCAGUGACCUGUAUAAGAGUGAAAAUAUUUCAAAUGGGAAAGAUGCAAAGCAGAGUAGUAACUAUGAAAACUAUUAUGCUGCCCAGGCUCUGAAUAGAAGUUAUGCAUCUAGCGGGUCAGUAACGGAACGUAGCAUCCAGUCCUGGUGGGAGGUGGACCUGAGGGGCUACUUCACCAUCAGCAACAUCACCCUCACAGCAGCCACCGUAAGGAUCAGGUAUCUAGACAUGAGAAAUGCCUUCGUGGAGGUGAUGGACAAAGAUGUCAGCCUCUGCUCUGAUGUCCAGGUGGAGUGGUGUGGGAAUGUGUCUAGCACGGUCACUGCUGGGGAAGAGUUCACCUUCACCUGCAAUGCCACAUUCCCUGUCCGCUUUGUCCGUGUCACAAGGCCAUCUACCACCAAUGUACACCUCAUUAUCGGACAUGUGGAUGUUCAAGGGAAGGGGGCUAAGAAGCCACAUCAUUCCUACUACAAACCCUCCAAGAGCAAGAAGGUGUCUCAGCCGUUCCUGACCACGACAGCCAUGACAGCCGGAGACUGUGGCAUCAUUUGUCACCAAUAUCAUUCAUGCACCGCCUUCAGCUACAGUGCAACGAUCCCAACUGAUGAAAACUGUCUGCUGACUGACAAAGUAAUGUCUUCAUCUGACGACAAUUCUUGGACAACCUACACUAUUUCCUGUUUGUAAACAUUCAACUUAUAGAUAGCAAGCUUCUCCCACACUUUAUGACCCUAAUGUUUGAAGUAAUACAUAUACUCCCGUUGACCCAAGAACAAGCUUAAAUGUAAGAUAAUUUUUUUGUAAGUUGUCUAAUAUUUGUCCAAAAAUUUAAAUACUUUUCAUAAAGUAUCAUGUUUGCCGUUGUGUCAUAGGAGUCUGGGAUUAAAUGGAUCCCAGUACACGUGCUAUUAAUUGGAUGAACUCGGGGAUUUGUUGAUUUCGUGUCAUUCUACAAUGACGGUUUUGUUUGCCUCAUCAAUAUUUGAUUGUUUUGUACCAAAAUCAAGUUGACGCAAAAUGACGUAACAUCAUGUCAUUGGGCAUUUGAGGUCACCUAUUGCAUUCAACAUCAUCUUAUGCAAUCACACCAUACGCUAACUCUGAUUAACAGUUAGUCAUCAAUUCCCGCAUGUACCUAUGAUGAUAAUGACAAACUCUUUGGCCCACACAAUCAGUUCGGUAGGUCGAAAUAUGACAAAAACAUUAAGUCCAUUUUCAUAUUUAUUUCCUCAGUGUUAGGUAGGUAAUGAAAAGAGAUAGAACAAGAGGAACUAUUUCUCCAUUAUGAGUUUACUGUAAUGGAGAACAUCCCGAACCACUGAUAAGUUUUUCAAGACACCAAACCUGUCUUGCAGACAGGAAUUAUUAAGCUUGAGGCAAACCAAUCUUUCCCGUAUUUUCUGGAGUGAAGAAUAAAGCUCCCAUUAACGAUGCCUGGAGAGUGGAAGGCCGGUUGUUCGAUCCCCGGACGUGUCAUACCAUGAGACGUUAAAAUAUGGUACUACAGACAGACGUUAACGAGGGAAGGAAACAUGAUUUGCCUCCUAUUAGCUAAAAUUGAGUGAGUGAGUUUGGUUUAACGCCGCUUUUAACCUUUAGCUAAAUUGGGUUUACUUAGAGACCAUCAUUGUUGCGUUGUCUCUCGCUAAACGCACUUUACACUCUCAGUUGUGUUAAAGGUUUGUAGUCAUAUUAAUGUAUUAAUUAUACAAUGAGACUUACACUUUAUAUUAUUUGGGAAAUUCUAC